AUGGCACCGGAAGUCAGCCGCGUAAAGCGGGAGCAAUUGCCCAAGCGCCUGAAAAACCUGUUACGCCGUCAUAAUGACUUUUGGCGCCUGUAUUCCAUCAGGAGCUGGGUUGUCAUGGAAAUGCCAAAUGGCCGGCUCUAUACCUACUAUUCCCACCCUGAUAUCUCGGUGCCAACUAGGCAGGACAUAGUAAGAUUUUGCUCUGUCUGUUCCCUGAGUGAAAUUCUAACUUUGUCAGAAGAAAAGCCCUCAGCAUACAGUCCACAAGUCACCGCAAGACUAUGA